AUGGGCGAUACUUUCGAAGUGUUCCAUCGCGUUCUAUCUUUCGCCGGCAUUUCAAUUUUUGCCCGAAAAAACUGGAAUUCUAAACCGUGGCUCAUUUUGCAAAUAUUCAAUUUCAUCAUUGGAGUUUUCUGUUUCAUUUUUACGACCGGCUUCGUCGCUAUCAGCUACGCCGACCUGCUUGUUUUUAUAGAAGGAGCUUGUAUUUGGACAACAGGAGUUAUUAUGACGAUUUCUUUAGGCGUAUGUUUGGUAUUUCGUAAUAAAUUCCGACAGUUUUUGGAAGAAAUGGUUUUUAAGGACUCGAUGAUAGAGGUUCCGUUGAUAAAUCUAAUUAUGAAGGUGGAGGAAGGUGAUAAAGUAAUUGAGUUGAAAUACAUGGUGAAUGAUUCUCAGGAGAAAUUGUUGAAAUUCACCAAGUUUCUGAUUAGGUGCUAUGUGGCCAGCGUGUUUUUAGUUGCCACGUUGUAUCUUUGUUCUCCUCUAUAUGAGAUGUUUAUAAGUGAUGAUGAUUCUUUGAGACUGCUUGCAUUCGGGAUGUGGUUUCCGUGGAGCCUGGAAAACCUACAGGUGUACAUAGCAUCAUUUGUGUUCCACGCGUAUGCCGGCUACUUGUGUUGCAUUGCAUAUCCUGGUCUCCAAACUACCAUAAUAUUAUUGGUCGGUCAGAACAUUCGACAACUAAGGAUUCUGACUUUCAUUCUGUUAAAUUUGGACGAGUUGGUAACAGAAUUGGUGGACGACAGGAGCGAAUGGCAAAGAUAUUGUUCUGAUGUCCUUUCUCAGUGCGUGGCACAUUAUGUGAAGACCAAAAGUUUCAGUAACCGGCUCAAUGUGAUUUGUCGUCCGUUCUACCUGACUCUUAUACUGGUUGCAAUUAUGUUGGUCUGUAUGUGUUCUGUCAAAAUCGCCGUUUCUAACAAAUUGUCUCCUGACACUAUGAAGUAUUACGUGCACGAGUUUUGCUUUAUAAUGGUCGUGCUGAUGUUCUGUCUUCUGGGGCAGCAAAUUGAAAACGAGUGCGAGAAAUUGGAACAAGCAGUUACUGAGAAAUGGUACAUUUUCGACAGGCGGCACAAGACGAACGUGCGCAUCUUCAACACCGCUUUGAGUCAACGGAUGCCUAUUUACAUAUUUGGGACUAUUACUCUGUCUCUACCUACUUUCACCUGGUUCAUCAGAACGGGGAUGUCCUUUUUCACACUCGUCAUGUCCGUUUUAGAAGAAGAGAAUUAUUAUUGA